CAUCCCUCAGUUAUGUCAGUUCACGGUAUGCAUUGACCUAAACCGGACUGCCAAUGUCAGCUCUUGGGCAGCAUUUUCCUAUGAUGCUGACAACACCUCCACUGACAUAAAUGACAUAGAGCUUGGACUCUCUGGAGAAAACAAGCGGUUGAGACUGUAUCUUUUUGGCACCAGACGAGACAUCGAGAUCGAUCUGGCCCUUUUUGUGUGGUAUAGUGUGUGCUGCUUGUGGGACACCAGGAAAAAACUGCUAGAGGUCUACUGCAAUGGGAAUCUUGUGCAUAGGGAAACCAUUGGCAGUGCUGAGUGCCUGAAACCCAACGGUAGCCUGGUGCUGGGUCAUCUGCACAAAAGAAAGGAUGGCUUUAUUGUGCGGGUAAGCAACAGCUUCAUUGGCAGCUUGUACUACUUCCAAAUGUGGGACCGUGUGAUGGGUCAGGAAGAGCUGCUGGACUGCACCAUGGGCAAUACUGUCAGCUGGAAGGAAGAGUACUGGAACUUCAGCAGCAUCCUUCCCGUUGCGGACCGUCACCUGCGCUGUGUCAGCUUCUUUAACGUUGACAUGAACUUUUCGCUUUUCUACAAAACUGAGAGAGCUCCCGAUUACUAUGAUGCAAGGAAGCUUCUUGAAAACUGGUUUAGUAUCAUAUUUACUGGAGAAGAAUUUGAUGUGACAAACUUUAAAGUCAGCUACAUCUGUAAGGCCAUUAUAAAGGCCAUAUCACUUGAAAUACAAGAAGUGCUGAGUCUCAAGAUCAAACAGUUGUUGAACGACACUUACGAAGAGGGACCAUUAUCCUUGUACGUGAAACCUGAAGAUGUGGCUGUGAAGCCAAUAGCACUAAUGGAUUGUCCAGAAAGCUUUUCAUACACAACCUACAAGGGGAAUUAUUCCUGGCCACUAACAAGCCCAACUGCCAAAGCAGAGGUCAGCUGCAGGAAAAACCCUCUGCAGUCUGCUCGAAGGAGUUGUGCAAUUAACAUUGAACUUGAGCAAGCUUUCUGGAAGAAACCAGAUAUGACUGAAUGUAAAUUACUCGAAGAACUUCCAAAUAAUAUUUUAGACCUUCAUGAUAUCACAAUAACAGAAGAGAAUGCACAAGAUGUUGUACAGCAUAUUUUAUACCUCUUGCCAGAUGCAACACUGCAUAUGGAAGAAUUAGAAAUUAUUGCAAGUAAAAUUUCUGAUAUCGUAAGGGUUGCAGAUAUGACCAUGACACUUGCAGAGACUAUAUUGUCUAUACUAAACUAUAUUUUGCUGCAAGAAAUAGAAGAUCAGAACAUUAGAAAAAUGACCAAUAGCAUCCUGAAGACAACUGAGGACAUAGGCUAUAAGCUGACUCACUCAGAAAGAAAUACAUCGGUCAUAACCACUUCCUUGGCUUUGUUGGUGAUGCGUCCAGAUCCCAGUGCGUUUGCAGGACUGGCCUUUGGUGUUACCUCCUACAACAGAGGCAUGGAUCUCAAGAUCAAUGUUCAAGAAAUCCCUUUCAAAAAGGCCUUGGCCUCAGUGUUUUUGCCAAAAUCACUGAACAAAUUCCUAGGGAUCGAGCACUCCGAUCCAGACAAGCAUUCGAAGAUCCAGUUUAAUUUUUUUGGCACUACUUCACUCUUUGCGGAUGACAGUUUAACGAAGGAGAGGCUGAAUACUUAUGUUGUGAGUGCCAGCAUUGAAAAUGCAUCCAUUCAGAACCUUACUGAGCCUGUGACUAUUACUCUUCAGCACAUAGACCAAAAUACGGGUAAUGCAGCAGUGCACUGCGUCUUUUGGGACUUUUGGAAGAACAAUGGACUGGGUGGUUGGAAUACAUCGGGGUGUGAAAUUGAAUAUACAGAUAUGAAUUACACAAUCUGUUUUUGUAACCAUCUUACCCAUUUUGGAGUCCUACUGGACUUGUCCCGGACAGAGAUAGAUAUCACACAUGAUCGUAUACUAACUCUGAUAAGCUAUGCAGGAUGUGGUGCUUCUUCCCUUUUUUUGGGUAUAACACUGGUGACAUAUCUAGCCCUUGAAAAGCUGAGGAGAGACAACCCUUCAAAAAUCCUGCUCAAUCUUUGUGUUGCACUGCUGAUGCUGAACAUGGUCUUCCUCACCAAUUCCUGGCUGUCCUCGUUCAACCAGCCAGGUCUCUGUAUCACCGUGGCCGUGCUCCUUCACUAUUUCCUUCUUGCAGCUUUCAUGUGGAUGUGCCUGGAGUCUGUUCACUUUUACUUGGCUCUUGUCAAAGUUUUCAAUGUUUAUGUCCCAAAGUACAUCCUAAAAUGCUGUAUUGCUGGCUGGGGAAUACCAGCUAUUGUAAUUACUAUUGUGCUCAUUAUAGAUAAAGACUUCUAUGGCAAUGGAUCACGUUCUGAGAGCAAUCCAUUCAGCAAUUUUUGCUGGAUUCAGCAGAACAUAGUGUUUUACAUCUCCGUUGUGGCCUAUGUCUUCUUAAUAUUUAUGACGAAUACAGCCAUGUUCAUCACUGUUCUCCUUCAAAUCCACUCCAUGAAAUCAAGAACACAAAAGAGAUCCAGAUUCUGGAAACGGGGUUUUCUCCAAGACCUCAAAAGUGCUUUCAGCUUGAUGUUCCUUUUGGGCUUAACUUGGGGCUUUGCCUUUUUUGCCUGGGGAGCAGUGAGGAUAUUUUUCCUGUGUCUCUUCAGCAUUUUUAACACCUUGCAAGGGUUCUUUAUCUUUGUGUUUCACUGCCUAAUGAAGGAAGAAGUAGUGAAGCAGUGCCGAGUACACUUUUGCUGGGGAAGAUUUCGUCUGAGUAAUUAUUCUGGUAAACAUUCAGGGUUUUUGUUUAGCUUGACUCAAGCUGGGUUUGCUCAGCCUGGGAAGGAGAAGGGAGAUGUAAUUGCUGUCUUUGGCUAUCUGAGUGGCGGAUAUAGAGAAGAGACAGACUCUUCUCAGAGGUUCACAGCAAGAAGAUGA